GUCGGAGCCGGAGCCGGAGCCGGGGUCUGGAAGCCCCUAUCCAUGGCCGAGUCGCCCCGCUGCGCCGCGGGCCGGCGACUGCAGCUGCCCCUGCUGUGCCUCCUCCUCCAGGGCGCCACCGCCAUCCUCUUUGCAGUCUUUGUCCGCUACAACCCCGAAACCGAUGCCGCCCUCUGGCACUGGGGCAACCACAGUCACGCGGACAACGAAUUUUACUUUCGCUACCCAAGUUUCCAGGACGUGCACGCCAUGGUGUUCGCGGGCUUCGGCUUCCUCAUGGCCUUCCUGCAGCGCUACGGCUUCGGCGGCGUGGGCUUCACCUUCCUCCUGGCCGCCUUCACCCUGCAGUGGUCCACGCUCGUCCAGGGUUUCUUGCACUCCACGCACGGGGGCCGCAUCCGUGUGGGCGUGCAGAGCAUGGUCAACGCCGACUUCUGUGCGGGGGCUGUGCUCAUCUCCUUCGGCGCCGUCCUGGGCAGGACUGGGCCUGCUCAGCUGCUGCUCAUGGCCCUGCUGGAGACCGUGCUGUUCGGGGUCAAUGAGUUUGUGCUCCUCAGCCUCCUGGGGGUGAAGGACGCGGGAGGCUCCAUGACUAUCCACACCUUCGGGGCCUACUUCGGGCUGGUCCUCUCUCGGGUCCUCUACCGGCCUCAGCGGGAGAAGAGCAAACAUCGCCAGGGCUCCGUCUACCAUUCUGACCUGUUUGCCAUGAUUGGCACCAUCUUCCUGUGGGUCUUCUGGCCCAGCUUCAACUCUGCGCCCACUGUGCUGGGGGACGGGCAGCACCGGACAGCACUCAACACGUACUACUCCCUGACGGCGAGCACCCUCAGCACCUUUGCCUUGUCGGCCCUGGUUGGGGAGCGCGGCCGGCUGGACAUGGUCCACAUCCAGAACGCUGCGCUGGCCGGAGGGGUUGUGGUGGGGACAGCAGGUGAAAUGAUGCUGACACCCUUUGGGGCCCUGGCAGCUGGCUUCCUGGCUGGGACGGUCUCCACGUUGGGAUACAAGUUCUUCACGCCCAUCCUCGAGGCAAAAUUCAAAGUCCAAGACACAUGUGGUGUCCACAACCUCCACGGGAUGCCUGGAGUCCUGGGAGCCCUCCUGGGGGUCCUUGUGGCUGGGUUGGCCACCCACGAAGCUUAUGGAGAAGGCCUGGACAGCGUGUUUCCGCUCGUAGCCACGGGCCGGCGCACUGCCACGUCCCAGGCCAUCUACCAACUCUUCGGGCUGUUGGUCACACUGACAUUUGCUUCCGUGGGUGGGGGCCUCGGAGGCCUCCUGCUGAAGCUGCCCUUCCUGAGCUCCCCUGCAGACUCCCAGUGCUACGAGGACCAAGUUUACUGGGAGGUGCCUGGGGAGCAGGAAGAGGAAGCCCAGGGCCCUCUGAGGGCAGAGGAGCCAGACAGCCGGGCCUGACUUGCUUCCAGCCCUGAGAGAGGACACCCUGCUUUUAAAAGAUGCUGACCGACGACCGGCUACCGUAGGGAAGUUCUUUUCUAGCUCCUGCCCCUCCUGCUGCAAGAAAGGCUGAGAGCUGUCUGCGGCCCUGGGGACAGGGUGGUGGAAGGUGGGGAGAUGGAGGGGGCCGCA